AUGUUUGCAAUACCAAUGUUGAUUCUGGGAAUGAUUGGAUCACUAUUGAUUAUUAUUGUGAUUCUUCAGAAACGUUCGUUUCGACAAAAUACAAGUUUGACAUAUUUACUGGCUGGUGCGAUCAUUACUGGUAUUCAUCUUCCUACAAUCUACAUACAAAUGAUCCUUGUAUAUGGCUUUAACGUAUCGUUAAUGAACGCCAAUGAAGCAGCCUGCAAAGAGCAUACAUAUCUACGUUAUGUCACAACCGUUGCAGCCAUAUCAUUCCCAUGCUGGGCUGCGUUCGAUCAAUAUGUCGCUACUUCCCGAUAUGUUACGAUUCGGAACCGUUGGAGUUCACUUCGUGUUGUUCGAUUAGUUAUCGUUUGCAGCGUCAUUUUUUGGAUAUUAAUCUAUAUUCCAAUUAUAUUCCAUACGGGCAUCAUCAAUCAUGUGUGUGUAUUUUUACCUGGAGCAUAUACAAAGUUUAAUACCUAUGCAUUCACACCAUUUGUCUAUGGUAUAGGUCCUGCUGGCGUGAUUGCUUACUGCACACUAGGUACAGUUAGAAAUCUUCAUUGCAGUGAUGUCCAGCAAACACACGCCAAACUUGCAAAACAAGUUCGAGCAAUGCUCAUGCCUCAAUUGAUGAUACUUGCUAUAUCGGGCAUUCCUUUCGGUUUUCAAAACAUGUAUCUUGAUUUGACAAGUGGUUUUCAUAAAAGCGCAUCACAAAUUGCAAUCGAAGCAUUUGUUGGACAAGUUAUCUUGAUUUUCUAUCAUUUCAAUUACGUUUUCACCUUUUAUAUCUAUGUUUAUAAAUCAAGCGAAUUUCGCAAAGUUCUGAAAAAUAAACUAUUUUAUUGGAUUCCACAACGACCGAUGGAUUCAGUGCAACACUGGACAAACAAUACAACCAGACCUGUCAAGGUGUGUGUAACUUAUUUACAUUAA